AUGUCUGCUACGAUGGAUGCCGCGCGCCGCUUCUUCCUGUCGCCGCAGUUUGCCGUGGCGGGGGCCAGUAACGAUCGCAGCAAGUUUGGCUACAAGACAGUCUUUGCUUGGUAUCAUCAACACUCUCUGCCCGUUACUCCCCUCAACCCCCGCGCCCCUGAGAUCGAGCUGCCGUCGCAGACUUACAAGACGGUCGCAUCGCCCCGCGCGUUGCCCAACCCCGGCCAGACUUCCCUGUCUAUUGUGACACCUCCCCCAGUGACCCUUGCCCUUCUCAAGGAGGCCCACAGUGUGGGGAUCCCCGCUGUCUGGCUACAGCCAGGCACGUAUGAUAAGAGUGUGUUGGACUAUCUAGAUGGUCAUUUCGAGGCAGCGGUGGUGGGAGACGGUGGUGUGGGCGGCGAGGGUUGGUGUGUGCUGGUGGAUGGAGAAAAUGCGUUGAGGGAGGCCCAUCGCGAGUGGAAGGCCCAGCUGUAG